AUGUCUCCCCGCGCGGGGACCCGAAGCGCGACUCCGCGGACGAGCCCGGCAGCGCCGGAGCGAGCAGGGCGGGCGGAGGCGGGACGCUCCCCGGUGCGGGGCGCGCUGUCCCGGCAGCUCAGACUCGGCGGCGGCCGGGCCUCGGCGGAAGCCGCCUCCCCGCGCGGGCGGCCGGGCCCUGGCAGCUGCAUCCCGGGCGCGGGCUCGGGCUCGGGCGCGGCGGCCGCGUGGCCCCGGGCGUCCCCCGGAGCGCAGGCAUCUCAGCCCAUGUCCACCCGGAGGCUGGCGCCUCGGGCAGGGCUGCGCGCCGCUGGAGUCCGGGCGGCCGGGCGUGCCGCCGACGCCUCCCCGCACCGCCUCCCGCCCCCCUUCUCGCCCUCCUGCCCACCCCACCCCACCCCACCCCACCCAGCCCGAGCUGUCACCCGCCGCGAGGCAGCGCCCCAAGCCCACGCCGGAGCGAGCGCUCGGGUGAGAGAUGAUGAAGAUGUCUUCUAGCUGGACAGAAGUACAGGUUACACAUCAUGAUGAAGGCACUCAAUGACAAUGAAUUAUACACUUUAAGAAACGUUUAAUGAUUAAUAUCAUGCUAUAUGCAUUUUACAAAUAAAAAGGCACAGUUAUUAAAUGUAAAAUUUUAAAGUUGAACAAGGUUACCAGUAUAUUAAAAUUCCUGGAAAGAAUGCCACAUGACCUCAAUAAAGUAGAAAAUUCCAUCAAAAUAAAUGGAAUUUUAUGAGGAAAAGAAACAGGAGAAAGAUGGGCUGGGGAUGUAGCGUGACACAGCACUCACAUAGCAUGCGUGGUUCAAUCCCCGGCACUGCAAAUUAAGUAAUUUUUAAAAAGACAAGGAGGAAGAAAACAAAAUUAUAUAAAAUGCUCAUAAGGGGUAAUUAGGUUUACCCUGGGAUGGAGUAGGAAAGAAAUGGUCAUCAGAGCAUAAAUUAAAUAUGAUUCCGCAACAAAAUCGAAUUAGUAAAUAAGCUAAUGUGAUCUGGGGAUGUGUUUAUAGGUGCAUGAUUUAUGUGAGCCAAGCAAAUAAUCUUUUUCUGCCACUAUAACUUGGCAUUGGUCAGACUUUUAUUAGCACGCGGUGUCCUGUUCUGGUCUCUGCACUUGGUUGUAAGGUCACAAACAUCAUCUGCCCACUCCAGUGCACAGUAACUACCAUAAUUCUCAGCCCUGCAAGUGAACACUGGGAACACCCAUGCUUCAGGUAACUCUGCUCAAGUUUUAAUCCUGCUAUGAGCUAAAGCUACAGCUUUCUCAGGCUGUAACUUAAAAGAAUUACACCCAGGCUCUCUGGUAGUGCUAGGGAACUGAAUCAUACACGGUGACAGCUAUGUUUGGGCCGGGCUCUCACAGGUCCAAGUCAUGCCCCCAUGUGGUCACACUGAGGCUCUGCACAGUUUUCAUCUAUACAAAAUUCACCAACCCCCUACCUGCAAUUCACCCUGUCAACCAACACAAAGCCAUGGACAGUGCUAAGGGCCAUCUCUUUAAAGCCAAAUAUAAAACGAGGAAAGAAAAUAAAGUUAGAUGCCUUAUUUCUUGUUGUUGCUACCUGAAGUUGACAGCCCUGAGGCUCUCCAUGAGAACCCCAGCUGGUGGCAGUGAAUCUGAGGCCACAGUUACCUGGAGCAGCUGGACUCACACGGCGACCGUUGCUGCCCUUCAUACUGCUGCACCAGCGCCCGCACACUCCAGUACGGAUUCUCGAUCUCCUCAUCCAUGCUGCUGUUCCUACAGCCAGGGGCAGCAGCAAAGAAGGGGCGUCAGUUCUGCAGUUUAGACAACUGUGCUGCUACGAUAUACUACCAAAUCCACGCACGUGAUAGGUAAGAGGAAGGCAUAACCUGCCUCAGAGACACUUGAAACCUACUACAGAAGGAAGACACAAGUCACUUUGCUCAUCCCUGCAAUACCCUGGAGUGACACUUUCUCAGCUGGUAUGCAACCCCAUAGCACUUCUUGCAUGACUCUCCAGGACAGCUUAGCCCUCUGGAUUUCAGGGUAGGGACUCCCCCAGAAGCAAACACAUUGUGCCAAAGAUAAUUACCUAAAAUGUGGGCUAGGCAUGGUGGGGCAUGUCUGAAAUUCCAGCACUCUGGAGGCUGAGGCAAGAGGAUCACCUCAAGUUCAAGGCCAGCCUGGGCUAGCAUGUUUAAGGCCAGCCUGAAGUAUAUGGUGAGACAAGGUCUCACACACACACACACACACACACACACACACACACACACACUGGGGCACCAAAGCAACAGCAUUCACUUAUGCUUCCUUUACCUUCUGCUAACUGCUCAGUAAGCACUCCCCAGCCUCCACUGCAUGCUCUUUCUGUAGCAUGGGGCUGUGUGGAUGGUGUUUCUAUCUACUACAUAUAUGGCUUCCCAUUUUCACCCUUACCUCUGUCUGUACCGGAAUAUAUCCCGUCCUGACCGUGACACGUCAUGGCACACGUCAGCCAGGGCGGCAGCUGCUCCCUGAGCCACCGCAGUGGCACAGUGGGGCUGGUGGCUCUGUGGCAGGGAACUGGAGUCCCGUCCUUGGCUCACUGUCCUGCUACAACCAGGUUUGAAAUGAGCUGCCAAGGCAAGGACCAGCCUCAUGAUGGAUUUUAGGUUUCCUUCCACAAUAUCUGCAGGAGAGAAGAGAACAGAUCCUGAGAGAAAAGUGGAGGCCCAGGACAUAGGUGUGCGUGUGCAUUGCUAGUGAACCAGGGAGCAAGGUCUCUGUCCUCCAGAGGCAUGUUCAAAGAGGGAGAUAGAAGACCGUUUAAAAGUGAGCAUAAUAAAGGAUGAUACUGUUUAGACAAGAGAACUACAAAUCUUGGGGAGCUCAGAACAGAGGUGUCUUAUAGGGAUCAGGGAUGUAUGUAUUCCUAAAGGAAGUGAGUUUUCAGCUAAGACUAGAUUGAUGAAUAGUGGCUCAUUAGAGAUGAAGCGAGAAGGGGAAAAUGAACAGUACUUAUGAAGGUCUACAGAUAAGGAAGCAUGACAUACUAGAGCUACACUGUCCCAUAUGACAGCCAUGAGCCACAGAUGGCUAUGGAGCACUUAAAAUGUGACUAUUCUGCACUGAAAUGUGCUAUAACUAUAGUACUUAACACAUGUAGAGGAAUGCAAAGUAUCUCAUUAGCAUAGAAUGAAGAAUAUUUGAUAACUUUAUAUUGAUAUCAUACUAAUGUAUUAUUUCGGAUAUACUGAGUUAGAAUAUUAUUAAGAUUAAUUUCAUCUAGUUCUUUUUUUUGUUUGUUUGUUUUGUCUUUUUCCUUUUUAUCGGUACCGGGGAUCGAACUCACGACUGCCUGCUUGCAAGGCAGGCGCUUAUGCCGUUGAGCUAAAUCCCCAGCCCCCUAAUUCUUUUUUGUAAUGCAGCUAUCGGGAACUUUUAAGUUACCUAUGUCAGGCACACUAUAUGUCUGUGGUGAUGGAACUAAAAGAAAAUCAGUCUCGCCAGAGCACCAAGUCUAGGGGGAAAGGGGAAGGCCUCAGAUGCAGGAGCAGCAGGCAUAGGCACUCUUAGGUCACUGUGGUGCAGGGUGGAAAGGAAAAAUGAAGGACAAGAAUCAACACGGCAGGACUAAGUAGGAAACUUGCAUUUCUCCAGGUAAAAGAAAAUGGUGCCCUGGAUGGCACUGUUCCCUCAAAAUAGCUGACUUUACUGGGCCAGAUUCCCAAGCCUACUCCACAUGGGGACCAAAGAUAUCCGGCCUUCUAAACACUGUGCUCCUUUUUCUCCUUGGUGGGAGAAAAAACAGAAGAAGCAAGCAGAUUUAAAAAACCAAUAUACGAUAGAUCUGGUGAACAUAACUGAAAGGAGGUGGGUAAAAUUCUAUCUGUUUAGCUUCAAAACCUCUCAAAUAUGCAAAGCUUAGACAAGAGUCAUUUUGAUGCCUUCUACUAAUGCCCUCCGUGGUCAGGAUCUGCCUACCCGAAUGACUGAGUUAUCCUGUUGGGCGCAGGCGCUCAACAUACUAUACCCCACCCGGGACUAAGGACCACGCUAGCUUCCGCAAUGCGCUACGUCCCUCUUUAAAUUAGCCAACCCGUGCGUACUUCGUGCUCACUCCGUACUCUGUGGCAACUCCUGAUUGGCCACAGCUGGAUAUAGUAGCCAGAGCCUGCGUCCCAUUCCCGCCCUGCUUCCUCAUGGCAGCCUGUGAUUGGUCACGGCCAAAUAUAUAAACCAGAGCCCGCGUAAAUAAACCAGCAGUUAACUGUCAUCCACAA